CUGGGUUCUGAACAUCAAUGAGAGUUGAAGCUGGAGAUGAGUGAAUACCUGGCCUUUGUUUAUUUGUUUUUAGUAACAAUUGGAGCCCAGGGCAGGUUGAGCAAUGCCUGGUUGAGUGGAAUACAGUAGGUUAUAAGGACUGAGAGGACACUUGAGUGUACAUUGGCGUGGUGCAGAGGCACUCAUUUGCCCAGACCAUGUGGUUGGCAGAGUUCAGGCACCAUUGGUUGCCUGCACACCUAUCAAAUCAUAGAGGAACCGCAACCAUCACUGCCCGCCGUGUUCUUUUAAUGUGGAUGUUAUGUUCCUACUGGCAAUGCACAGUGGCAACCAGCCAGAACUUCAACCCAACUGUGAACACCCAGUUUGGGAAGCUGAGGGGCCUCCGGGUCGCAGUGCCAGGUGAGGUCCUUAAACCCGUUGACCAGUACCUUGGGGUGCCGUACGCUGCACCUCCCAUUGGGGAGAAGCGCUUCACGCCCCCAGAGCAGCCCUCCUCCUGGUCAGGGAUCAAGAAUGCUACCCACUUCACACCGGUGUGCCCUCAGAACAUCCGCAACACAGUGCCUGAGAUCAUGAUGCCCAUAUGGUUCACCUAUAACCUGGACACAGUGGCCAAUUACAUUCAGGAUCAGAACGAGGACUGUUUGUAUUUAAACAUCUAUGUUCCAACAGAGGAUGACAUUCGGGACACUGAGGCUAGGCCCGUGAUGGUCUACAUCCAUGGAGGAUCAUACAUGGAGGGGACAGGGAAUAUGAUUGAUGGGAGUGUGCUGGCCAGCUAUGGGAAUGUCAUCGUCAUCACUCUCAACUACAGGGUCGGAGUACUAGGGUUCCUCAGUACAGGUGACCAGGCAGCUAAAGGGAACUAUGGACUCCUGGACCAGAUCCAAGCCCUGCGUUGGAUCAGCAAGAACAUCGGCUAUUUUGGAGGAGACCCGGGUCGCAUCACUGUCUUUGGAUCUGGGAUUGGAGCCUCCUGCGUCAGCCUGCUCACACUGUCCCACCACUCUGAGGGCCUGUUUCACAGAGCCAUCAUCCAGAGUGGCUCAGCCCUGUCCAGCUGGGCCGUCAACUACCAACCUGUCAAGUACACCCGCAUGCUGGCUGAGAGGGUGGGCUGCAACGUGCUGGACACCCUGGACAUGGUGUCCUGCCUGCAGAAGAAGAGUGCCAGAGAGCUGGUGGAGCAGGACAUCCAGCCAGCCCGCUACCAUGUAGCCUUCGGCCCCGUCAUUGAUGGUGACGUCAUCCCCGACGACCCCGAGAUCCUGAUGGAGCAGGGCGAGUUCCUCAACUAUGACAUCAUGCUGGGCGUUAACCAGGGGGAGGGACUGCGUUUCGUGGAGAAUGUGGUGGACCUGGAGGAUGGCGUGUCCGGCAGCGACUUUGACUUCGCCGUGUCGGACUUCGUGGACAGCCUGUAUGGCUACCCGGAGGGGAAGGACACUCUGAGGGAGACCAUCAAGUUCAUGUACACGGACUGGGCUGACAGGGACAACCCAGACACCAGGAGGAAGACGUUAGUCGCCCUGUUCACUGACCAUCAGUGGGUGGAGCCCUCGGUGGUGACGGCUGACCUGCACGCCCGCUACGGCUCGCCCACAUACUUCUACGCCUUCUACCACCACUGCCAGAGCCUGAUGAAGCCUGUGUGGUCGGACUCAGCCCACGGGGACGAGGUGCCCUAUGUGUUUGGCAUCCCCAUGGUGGGAGCCACUGACCUGUUCCCCUGCAACUUUUCCAGGAACGACAUCAUGCUCAGCGCUGUGGUGAUGACUUACUGGACCAACUUUGCCAAGAGUGGUGACCCCAACAAGCCAGUGCCCCAGGACACUAAGUUCAUCCAUACCAAGGCCAACCGCUUUGAGGAGGUGGCCUGGUCCAAGUACAACCCCCAUGACCAGCUGUACCUGCACAUCGGCCUGAAGCCUCGCAUCCGCGACCACUACCGCGCCACCAAGGUAGCUUUCUGGAAGCACCUGGUGCCCCACCUGUAUAACCUCCAUGACAUGUUCCAUUACACCUCCACCACCACCAAGGUACCUCCCCAGGACACCACCAACUCCAACGGCAAGAGAACCGGCACCACCAAGCGUCCGCCUGUCUCCACAGCCCACAGCAGUGAUGGGGAGGAGACGGGUCCUCUGAUCGUGGCUCACCCCAGAGAUUACUCUACUGAGCUGAGUGUCACCAUCGCUGUGGGUGCCUCGCUGCUGUUCCUCAAUGUGCUGGCCUUCGCAGCGCUCUACUACCGUAAGGACAAGCGCAGCCGGCAGGGUGGCCACGGUGGCCCCCACCAGGCCAGCCCCCAGCGGCAGAGCAACGGCAACGACGUGAGCCACACCACCACCGACGAGAGCCUGUCCCAUCAGAUGACCCAGUGCAGCCAGAUGAACCAGUGUGACACCCUGCAUGACCUCCACGACCUCCCUGACCUACACGACCCCCUGCACCUCUCCCCCAACAUGGACUACACCCUGACCCUGCGCCGCUCACCAGACGACAUCCCCCUGAUGACGCCAAACAACAUCACAAUGAUCCCCAACUCCCUGAUGGGCCUGCCCAACAUGCACCCCUACAGCACCUUCCCAGCCGGGUACAACUCCACCGUCCUGCCCCACUCCCACUCCACCACCCGGGUCUAGACCUAGCCUGGGACAGAAGAUAUACAGACCACAGUCGACAGAGAUUGUAGAGGUGAGCUGAGGGGCGAGCUGUGCUGUACAUUAAUUAAUACAAACAGUAGUUGGGUUGGGAUUAGUUUAUGUUCAUACUGCAAGAGCCAUGCAAAGCUUUUCCUGGUCAAAUGGUGCAGAAUCGCCGCCAAUAUACUACUGCCUCCUCUCCUCAUAGAGGGAGGUCUAUAAGCAGUGUCAUUUUUUAAAUCAUCAAUUUCAAGACUUGUGAGCUGGUUAAAAUGAGAAGUGCUUUUUAUUUCCCAUUGUCUUUUGAUGGUAACAUUUUUGGGAACUUUUUCUUGUAUGACCUCAGCAUAAUGUUUGUACAGUUGGAUUUGUACGGGAAGCUUUUUUCUUCCUAUGAUAUCUGUUUUGAUCUUCUGUGUGGAACAAGUGUCAUCUGGACUCAUCACUGACUGAAAUAACAUUUGUAAAAAGCAGAAAAUCGGUGUCAUUAAGCAAUUUUAUACAUAUUCCUCAUAUUCCUUCAACUCAACUUAAAAGGGUAUUUUUUACUGACUAAAGAAUUGCAGAAAUACUAUGUUACUGUGACUGUGAUCAUUUGAACCUUUACUACAACAUUGAUUACAAUUUGUAGUAAAAGUAUCCCAUUUAUCCAAUAAUAUUUCUAUUUGAAUAUGAACAAUAUAUCACCCCUAUAUACAGUAUGUGCGUGUGUGUGCCCGCGUGUGUGUUUACACUCUGAAGUGUAAUGUAAAGCUGUAAAUUGUUAAGAAAUGUGUUUGACAUUUUGUUUGAAGUAUUGGCUUUCAUCAUAUUUAGUGUUGUACUCCGAUCUAUGCUCGUCUGUCUAAGUAUCUUUGUUCAUUUUCAGUUAACUGUGUCUUAUUUUGCUGAACACGUUGUGGGAAUA